AUGCGCGCUCGACUAUUUCUUCUUGCUGGUCUCGCCGUUGCGUCGGCGACGCCGAUUCGCCCGAGUGCGUGCUACUCACCUUUCCACCUCGACGCGUACCCGCUCCAGCCGUGGGAAGCCUUGGACGCACCAGCGCUCGCCGCCGGCAUUGGCGAGGACUUUGCCCAGAUGAAGCCGUACGUGCACACGGUCCGCACGUACUACUCCAAGUACCACUCGGUGGACGUGACGCCGAUUGCCGCCGCCAGCGGCGUCCCUUUGUACCUUGGCGUCUACAUGGUCCACGAGCCGUGGUACUGGCUCCAGGUGGCCGCUGCCAUCGACGGCGCCGUGGCUUACCCCGAGACCGUUCGCGCCGUCUUGGUCGGCAACGAAAACGUGGCUCCGUACGGUGACUUUGAGGCCGCGUACAUUGCCAACCAGGUGCAGCACAUCAAGUCUGAGGUCGCCAACCGCACCAACGGCUCGAUCACCGUACCCGUCGGCACCGUCCAGCGCAUCACCGAGUGGCUCAACCCUGCGAUCCGCACGGAGAUGCUUGCACUCGCCGACGCUUGCGACGUCAUCGGCGUCAACAUCUACCCGUUCUUUGACAACAGCUACGACGCACUUGACCCGACGGCGCUCGUGACGGCACUCUGGGACCAAAUGCUAGCGAUAUAUCCCGCGCACAAGCUGCGCCUAACGGAGACCGGCUACUCGACCGGCGGCCCGUCGUCGAGUGUGGCGCCCCUCGUCGUCCCGAGCCUGGACAACGCGAUCAAGUACUACAACGCGCUCAUGCAGUGGACGCCGUCUCGGGGCGGUGGCGACAUCUUUUGGUACUCCUUCUACGACUUGCGCGACGACGACACGACGCAGCCGGAACCGCUCGAGAAGCACUUUGGCUACUUCAACGCCAACGGCACCGCUAAAGCCGCGAACUUUCCGAAGCCCGUGUUCCCGCACUUGGUCCCUACCACGCCACGCAAGUACACAACAACUCGAAAGCCAACAACGCGGCCACUCCUGCCCACGAAAACCCCUGCAACGCGUUCUCUAGCUCCGAUAGCGCCGACACAGACGCCCACGCCGACACCGACGCCCACUACGACACCAACGCCCGCUCCGACGCUGACGACGGCAACACCCAUCACGCUCUGCACGUUCAAGAAGACCAUCCUCUCCGAGUGGAACGGCGGCCUCUACGUCAACAAGAUCAACAACAACAACAACGAAAAGUUCCUCCUCCGCACCAACGCCGGCAUCCAGUCCGUCAGCAGUGGCAACGGCUGCCUCACCUACAACGCUGCCACCAACGGCGUCUCAGUCUCCGCGUGCUCUGGUGCCGCGACCCAGGCGUGGAAGUUUGACGCUGCCGCCAAGCGAGUGGUCUACGGCAACCUCUGUCUCCAGUCGUCGCCGUCGUCGCCGGGCGCCUCGCCCAAUGUCGCACCGUGCUCGUCGGGUGCUGUCUCGCAGUACUUUGAUGACUGCGCCAGCGUGCCGUCGACGACCAGCUACGUGCAGCUCGUGACCAAGCGCAACGCGUUCGUGUACGAGUUUUACAACAACGUCUACGCAGGUGCCAACGGCGACGACCUCAACCACCUCUUCAAGUACGACGCGGCGGCCAAGACGCUCCAGGCCAUGAGCAACGGCCAGUGCUUUGACGCGUACGCCACCGGCAGUGGCUACGCUCUGCACACGUUUACGUGCAACGGCAACAACGGCAACCAAAAGUGGAUCAUCGACGCGGCCAACCGCAAGAUCAAGCACGCGACGCACCCCAAUUUGUGUUUGGACGUGGACCCGACAAAUGCGAGCCGCCGCGCGCAGGUGUGGACGUGCUAUGCCAACAGCGACAACCAGCACAUCACGGUCGUGCCGUACUAA